AUGUCUCUCAAGGGAAAGGUCUACGCCAUAACUGGUGGUGCAAGCGGCAUCGGCUUCGCGACAGCUCAGGUUAUUGCACAGCGCGGGGCUACUGUGAGCAUCGCCGACGUUGAUGCCGCUGCUAUGUCCAGCGCAACGGCAUAUUUCGAGGAACAAGGUAUUGAAGCCCUAGUUUCCCGUGUCGAUGUUUCUCAGCGAUCCGAGGUCGAAAGCUGGCUCGAUGCUACAGUCAAGAAAUAUGGAAGGCUUGAUGGCGCAGCCAACGUGGCCGGCAUUAUUGGAAAGCAUCACGGCCUUAGGGCUGUAGCAGACCUGGAAGAUGAAGAGUGGCAUAAGAUUAUUGCUGUCAACUUGACAGGAACGAUGUAUUGUCUGCGAGCGCAGCUCAACAGAAUAGUAGAUGGGGGAUCUAUCGUCAAUGUGGCCUCUAUUCAUGGCAUCAAGGGAUUCGCCAAGCAUGGUGCUUAUGACGCCAGUAAACACGGGAUAGUCGGAUUGACCAAGGCGGCAGCAAAGGAGAACGGCCACCGGGAGGUUCGAGUCAAUGCCGUUGCCCCAGGCGCAAUUUACACUCCCCUGAUGAAAAAGGCAUGGGAUAUGCACAAUCGACCAAAGGAUGCCAAAUUCGACGAAACAACUCCCUUUCAGCGACAAGGGACGUCGGAAGAGUGUGCCAACGUGAUAGCUUUCCUCUUGGGUCCCGAGAGCACCUUUGUGAGCGGAAGUGUUUAUGAGGUGGACGGAGCUUGGAUAUAA